UGAGCAUUUCCCUAUUUCCUUAAAGGGGAGGGGAGCGAGCGGCACGGCAGGGGCCCCACAGGCGGCAGUUUGGGGGCAGAAAACAAUCAGAUUCAGCAAAUGAUGGAGGAGCAGCCGGGGGCUCCGGUGCCCCAAUCGGACACCAAGGAGGAGCCGGUCCCUGAGGAAGAUGAAGAUACCAUCGAUGCCAAACCCGACAGGAGCCAGAGAUUCUCCCUAUUCGGCAGCACGAAGAAGAAGAAGACAGAGGACCCAGAGAAGCCCCCCCAAGCGAGUGACAAUGUGCGGAUUGUUACCCCGGCUUUCCAGUACAAGAUGAAUUAUGGGAAAGUUGGCCGAUGCAUCAUAAUCAACAACAAGAACUUCGACGACAUCACAGGUAUGAGCCCUCGCAAUGGCACCGAUAUUGAUGCCAGAGAUCUUCUCCGCUGUUUCAAAGGCCUCGGCUUUGACGUUACUGUGUUCAACAACAAGAGCUGCACGGAGAUGGAGACCCUCCUACGUAGCGUGGCUGAGCAAGACCAUAAGGACAGCGCCUGCUUUGCCUGCAUCUUCCUGAGCCAUGGGGAGGAGGGGCUGAUCUAUGGCACCGACGGGGCAAUGCCCAUUAAAGUACUGACGACUCUCUUCCGUGGGGACAAGUGCAGAUCCCUUGUGGGGAAACCCAAACUGUUUUUCAUUCAGGCCUGCAGAGGGUGUGAAUUUGAUGAUGGGCUGGAAACAGACGCUGGGCCGUCUAAUGAUUCCUUGGAGACGGAUGCCAAUCCCAGGCACAAGAUACCAGUGGAGGCAGAUUUUCUCUAUGCAUAUUCUACUGUGCCAGGCUACUACUCCUGGCGGAACCCGGGCCGGGGCUCUUGGUUCGUCCAAGCUCUUUGCAACGUCCUUAACGAACACGGGAAAGAACUGGAAGUCAUGCAGAUCCUGACCCGGGUCAAUUACCUGGUGGCCACGCAGUUUGAAUCCUAUUGCGACGACCCCCAGUUCAACAAGAAGAAGCAGAUCCCUUGCGUGGUGUCCAUGCUGACCAAGGAACUUUAUUUCAAACCGUGUUAACCGGCCAUUCCGGGUCGGCUCUAUACAGGAUAUUCAGGGAAUUCCGGGGCGAAAAAUAAAGGUUUACGUAAAACUGGGAACGGCCAUGGUUGCCCCCCGACAGCCUUGGAUAUUUUAUGCUUAGAAAGUGAUGGGGUGCCUUUGAGGGUGUGUUAAUAAUCAGUGAAUUGGUAUUUUGGGCAGAUUCCGGGCACGGAACAGUGCGUCGCUCUCCCUAUUGGCAACGGGAAGGAGGAGGAAAUUAAACCAAAGUGCAAUUACACACAAACCUAUUGUCUAUGUCUAUGGGCCCCAGUUCUCAUUACGGCAACAGAACAAGGAGCUGAUAUUCCUGACAAAGGCGACACUGUAUCUAGCAUUGUGGCCCCGACCCAGGCGUCGGCACAAAGCGGCACUGUGCUCCGGACUCCAACGCCGAACGCUGGUAAAUUCGAAUCAAAUUAGGAAACAAAGAGGAAUUUAAUACAAACGAUCACGGGGUUUCCGUAUCCAAACAGGAUGUUAUUCAUUAUACGUUUCUAUAUUAUCUUUUCUAAUGUUUUGCAGUCAUCGCCGUAUAAAAUCGUUUCAUUUCUGA